GCACCAGGAGGGGAGUCGCCGAGGUGCCGAGGAGGGGAGGCGCGGAGCUCCACUGGCUGCGCCGGGGCCCCUACCACUCGCAGCGGACCCUCCGCCAAUAACAGAGGCGCUUUCUUAUGAUGUCAUCAGAAGAGGAGGCCGAAUGCUUCGGGUUGUACGGAGAUAAACUGCUGAAGAAGACAAAGCGCACGAGGCAGCGAGUGGACGCGGGCGAGCCCAGGAACAGCUACUCGUCCAUACCGAACUUCAGUUCGCGACCGAGCUUCCUCAGCGGAGGACUUUACGGCGCCAUUUUCAGCCAAAGCCAGCAACACUUCGGCCUGUUCGGGCCGGCGGCGUUCGCGCCCGCCAAGAUGCUCAACGAGCUGCUCGGCAGGCAGGGAGUGAAGACAGACGGAGGCGGCGGGGGCGGCCAGGCGGGCGGCGGGGGCGUCGCCACCAGCGCCGGGCCCGACGUCAUGAUGGACAACAGCGCCGGCGGCGACUCCAAGGGCGCCUUCGACUGCCUCAACGCCACGUCGGUGAUCCGACGCGGGCUCGACGGCGAGGACACGACGGGCGCGGGCAGUCCGCCGCCGGGCGACCUGGCCCACCACAUGCUCAGGGACAUCCUGCAGGGCCGCAAGAAGGACCUCCUCGGCCUCGACCUGCACGAUCUGCGCGGUGACCCGGGCUCCCCGGACAAUAACAACAGCAUCACCAGCAACAACAACGACCUGUUGCUGCAGCUCAAGAACGGCGACGUCACGUCCGAGGGCAUGGGCGACAAGGAAGUGGCCAUGAACGGCAGUGACGGCGAGGUGCAGAGCGGCGAGGAGGAGUCGACGACGGCCGUCGAGGAGGCGCUCAACGAGGUCGCCGGCGCCGUCAGCAAGCAGAUCUCCAAGGAGAUCAAAAAGGAGAUGGAGGAGGCGCUGAACGGCGGCGCGAGCUCCGACACGGAGCAGUCGCUCGCGUCUCCCGCCUCCGACUCUGGGAAUCGAGUGAAGGACGAGACGGAGAGCGACGCGCAAUCCGGCGACAAGGACGGCAAGGACAAGGACGUCCCGUCGCCGUCUUCGGGGCAACAGUCGCAACAGCAGCAGCACCAAUCCACCAGCACGACGCCGAACAGCCAGCACAAGCCUUCGGAACAUAUGGCUGAGCUGAAGCGAGCGCGCGUGGAGAACAUCGUGUCGUCGAUGCGGUCGAGCCCUGUGCCGAUCGCGGUGAACGGCUGUAAGAAGAGGAAGCUGUACCACCCUGUCCAACACGACAGCAGCAGCCAGCAGCAGCAGCAGCUUCACCUGUCUGCGGGGCUGGGACUCCUCAUGGACGAUGAAGACGACCUGUUAAUCGAACCGCCAGAGGUGCGCCAGAAGCGAGUCGAAAAGAACGCCCUGAAGUCGCAGCUGCGGUCGAUGCAGGAGCAACUGGCCGAGAUGCAACAGAAAUACGUUCAGCUGUGCACGAGGAUGGAGCAGGAGUCGUCGGAUUGUGCCGACAUGGACGACGGAGGCAGCGACUUGGACGCGGACGCAACGAGCCCGACGCCGCCGCCACCCCCGCCUCCGCCACCUCCGCCCCCGCCGCCCCCACAGCAGCAGCAACUGCCGCAGGUGAUGCCGCCGGUUCCCAUGACUGCUGUGCCGCAGCAGCAACCUCCGCCCCCGGUCGCUAUGCCGCAGCAGCCCCCGGCGAUGCCUCCCGUCGGCGUGCCGGAUAAGAACGUAACUCCCAAGCCGUGCUCUCCGGCGAACAGGUUGCCCGUUCCCAAAAUGGGACAGCAACACCAUAUGAUGCAGACGAUGAACGGCGGCAUGCCGAUGAUACACCACCAACAACAACAACCACAGCAACAGCCGCCGCAGCAGCAGCAACCGACGCCGCAGCAGCAGCAACAAAUGCACGAGGGCCACCCUCAGAUGGCGCAGCACCACCAACACCACCACCCCCUCAGCAACGCCGCUGCCAUGUACCUGGGUGUCAGCCACAAGCUCUUCUUGGAGCAGGAGAGGAUGGCCAAGGACGCAGCAGCGGCGGCUGCCGUGGCGGAACAGCAGCACCACCACCACCAACAACAACAGCAACAACUCGCCGCCCAGCAGCAACAGCAACAGCAACAACAGCAGCAGCAGCAGCUGGCUGCACAGCAGCACCAUCAGCAGCAACAGCAACAAGCUGUCGCACAGCAGCAGCAGCAACAACAGCAGCAGCAACAGCAGCAGCAACAACAACAACAACAACAACAACAAGUUGUGCAGCAGCAGCAGCAAAUGAAGAGCUCUGCUGUCUCGGCGGACUUUUCUGAACGCUUCACCAUGUUCCGCAACAGCGUGGCCGCCGCCCCAGUUUCCGGCGCCGAUCUCGAGGGCCUCGCAGACGUCCUCAAAUCGGAGAUCACCGCCUCGCUCUCGAGUCUCAUCGACUCGAUCGUGUCCCGGUUCGUGCAGCAGCGGCGUUUCAAGCAGUCGGAAGCAGCGGCUGUGGCCGCCGAGCAGCUGAAUAAGGACCUCCUGCUGGCGUCGCAGCUUCUCGACAGGAAGAGCCCCAGGACUAAGGUCAUCGACCGUGGAGACGUGUGCUGUGCUGCAGGUGGCGGCGGUGGUUCGGCGCCAGGCACGCCCCGCGUCAACGGCACGGCGUUCCCCAGCAUGGCGAUGACGCCGCAGUCGGCGGACGGCGGCUUGGUGACGGACACGCGGAUCACGCCGCGCACCGUGAGUCGCAUCCUGGCGCAGGACGGGCCGGACCCCAGCAAGUACGGCGGCAUGAUGGCGCCGGGCCCGGGAGUGGGAGGCGUUCCUCCGCAGGCAGUGUCGCAGCGGCCGUACCACCCCCCGCCCCCGCCACCCAUCAUGCCGGUCUCGCUACCGACCUCUGUGGCCAUCCCCAACCCGUCACUGCACGAGUCGCAGGUCUUCUCCCCGUACUCACCCUUCUACGGCGGACAGCAGCAACAGCAACAGGUGUCCGGCGCGCAGGCGGGCGGCCCCGUGGCGGUGCCGCCGGUGCAGUCGGCGGGCCAGCAGGCGGUGCAGGUGCCGGUGGGCGGCCCCGGGCAGGCGGGCCCCGGCGCGAUGCACCUGGGCGGCGGCGCGGGGGCGGGCUCGCCCCCCGGCGGCGCCGUGGCGGGCGCAGAGUCGCCGCCGCUGCCGCCCCCACACCCGCAGUCGCUGCUGCACCCCGCGCUGCUGGCGGCCGCGCAGCACGGCGCCUCGCCCGACUACUCGCACCUGCGCGCAGCCUCCGACGCCGUCGACAGGAACUCCGACUGCAACUCCGGCGAGGGGCCCUACGACGGCAUUCAGCCUACAAUAUCCUUUUGCUCCAAGCUGUACGUGAACUCGUCGACGUUGACGCCGAUGCACCUGCGCAAGGCGAAGCUGAUGUUCUUCUGGGUGCGCUACCCCAGCUCGGCCGUGCUCAAGAUGUACUUCCCAGACAUCAAGUUCAACAAGAACAACACGGCGCAGCUCGUCAAGUGGUUCUCCAACUUCAGGGAGUUCUAUUACAUCCAGAUGGAGAAGUAUGCGAGACAGGCGGUCAGCGAAGGCAUCAAGAACGCAGACGAUCUCCAUGUGGGUGCAGACUCGGAGAUCUACCGAGUCCUCAACCUGCACUACAACAGGAACAACCACAUAGAGGUCCCCUCGAACUUCCGGUUCGUAGUGGAGCAGACGCUGAGGGAAUUCUUCAAGGCCAUCCAGGGCGGCAAGGACACGGAGCAGUCGUGGAAGAAGUCGAUUUACAAGAUAAUCUCGAGGCUGGACGACCCCGUGCCCGAGUACUUCAAGUCGCCCAACUUCCUGGAGCAGCUGGAGUAAGCGCGUCCGCCCGCCAACACCGAGGACAGCCCCAGCCGGUGCCCUGGACGGGCGCCGUCCCGCUCCACUCCUGCGGCCGCCACGCGUCUCCCCGCCCAGCCUCCGCGCGGGCAGACUCGGCUGCAGUCCUCAGCGUCGCUCCGCGUCUGCUGCAGGACCAGCCGGCUGGCGGCGCAGGAGUCUCCAGGACGCUCUCCACUUGCCCCGACGGUGCUGCCGCAUCCGAGGACCGCGCCCUGCUCGUGUACAUAAGGAAGACCACCGAGGCGUACGUCCGCCGCCGCGUGUUGCCACUGUGUAAAGCAAUUAUUGUGGUACUGUCUUCCCUUUUCGUGUAUGUAAAACCAAGAAAAGAAAAAACACAGACAGAAACGUACGAGGGAAGAACACGAACACUUUGUCACGGGGCGGACACGCCAAGAAGUCACGUGUGGUACCGAUACGACCAAAGAUAACAAAAGAUCCUUUAUAGAUAAUUAAAAAAAUGAGUUUGUUAAUUUGUGCUAGUCGUUGAGUGAUGUGUUUUGAAACGAGUCGUUGAACACUCUGUGCGAAACGCCAAAAAAAAGUUGUUUUUACCUUCCUCUCUCACGGACUCGGGAAGUUGCGUCAAAGUUGCUAUUGUUAUAUAAGUUGUAAUUAUUAUUAUUACAAUUGUUUGUGAACCCCAUUGCGGGAGGGAUUGCCCACAAGCGCAGCACGUUAAGCACAAACUGUUAGCCGUAGUGACGUCACCUGAUCUCACGCCCGCUGCUUCCGCAAAAGGGCAAUCUGUCACUCUGGCACGUGGGCUGCCCGUGGUUAAACUUCCUAGUCAAAAAUCAAGUUGUUUGUCUUAGGUUAAUGCAAUGUUUAUAUCAUGUGGUGCAGUGGAAAGAGGAAAUAACGUAUUCCAGAUCUUUUUGCCUUCUCAUGUUAAAAACGACGGUGUAACUGAUUUUGUGAUAUAUACGCGAUUGAAUUUUGCAUUGAAAAUUUUUAUAACUGCUUUUAAGUAAGAAGUUAAAAAAACUGGAAUUGUGGAUAGAGAUUUAUGUAAAUUUUCCUCGAGUUGAGAACGUGUUUCAGUGAGGACAUGCAACAGAGGGCAAGGAGUAUUUGUGGACACCAUCUCUGCGACGGCGGAGAAGAAAGACUGUGCGGUGCUGUGCAGUGCAAAAAGAAAACUUUUUUCCUUUUUUCGUAGGGAAAGGGACCAUCGAGUAACUAAAAGAAAUGUGAUUGUUGGAGGAAGGUGGUAAAAAUGUGGAUAAAAGAAUUCCGAACUGUCGCGGAAGGGAUUUAUUAGAAAAAAAAUUAAAAAUGGACUCUCCUCGAGAAAUUGUAAGAACAUUUCAAGAAAUGUGAACGUCAGGCUGGAUAAUGGUAGCAACUGGCCGAUUAAUUUCUCUAUUUUAAAAUAAUAUGCAUACAAUUCUACUGCCGAUUGUAUCAAUAGUAACUUCAGGAACCACAAUUUACAAUUACCUUCAGUGCAAUCUUCGUUUCCUAGUUGUGUACUUGAGUUCCAACAGCUCUCGUAUGGUAAUGCUUUCCUUUAUAAAUGAUUGUCUUCGUUAAAAAUAAAAAAAAAGGUACUUGGUCGCUGAACAGGGGCAAGGGGGCCCCAUAGAACGACACUGCUUCAGGCCGACCGAUCCAUUCUGUCAGGUUACAAAUUUCACCACACUACGCUGCCAGUGUUUAGGGGAAAAAAAAUUAGGAGAGAAAGAGAGAGAGAGAGAGAGAGAGAGAGAGAGAGAGAGAGUGAGGGAGGGAGAGCGAGGGAGAGGAUUCAGGGAAAGAUAGAAGAUAUAGUAUAUGUAUAAAUAAAAAAAAUUAUAUAUAGAGAGAAAGAGAUAAAUUAUGUGGUAGGGAGAUGUGGAGAUGGGUGUAACCUAAGAUGGUGACGAGGGAGAUGAAGCAAAAAGAAACCAAAGUGUCCUUUAAGUUCCGGACUGAUGAGACCGCCAACUGUUUACCGUAAAUAUGGCGUCUCAGCAGUUCUGGUACCUAGUCAUCACCAAAAAAUGAUCGUAAACAAACUAUCAACAAGCCAGAAGCACAUACAGUAUCCAAACGACAGGUGAUCACUCACACACACACAGAAACAAACACACACACACAGCUUUGACAGUGGCGGUACUCGACGCCGUCCCCGCAUCGUACACACAUUCACACACACACACACACACACACACACACACACACGCAGAGCCGAGUCGUUGAUCGCAGUAUCGCCGCUCCUACGCAGUGUCCUAACCCCCUCCCCGGGCCGCCGCGAGCUGUUGCGCGCCUCUUAUUGUAUUUUAAAAAAAAAACAAAAGCGCUUCUUGCAAAAGAAAAAUGUUGCCAGUGCAUGUACUGGGAUUUUUUACGUAAUAGUUUUGUUUGUACUCUUUUUUCCCAUAGAAAAACUGACAUUGUUGACUCCUAUGGUGAUUGUUACCCCCUGUAGUUUUUACCGCUUCCGAUGGUUGUUGUAGCAUUUGACAGGGAGCUAACCCUUAACAAGGUGGUGGUAGCGGUGAGGAAUGUUUUCUCUCGUUGGGUUCGUCUGAAAUACAGCGGAGGUGGCGCACCCAACUAUACCGGACUAAUUUCGCGGUUACUUUACAGGUACAACACAACAAAUAACACAUAUUAUAGACAGCCGAUUCUGUUACUGUUGCAGUGCAGACCAUAUGAACAGACUUUAUUUCCCGAACGCAACAAUUUUUCAAAUGCACACGGACCAUUUGGACCUACAAACCCCCUCCCCAUUUUUGUGUGUCGGCGUUCUUUUUAUCAACGGUGCAAUAUUUUUUUUAAUUCAAAAGACCUUGGUCCCCAGCCUUUGAUAGCGAUACUUAGAAAAACAGAUUUGGCAAGUUUUAGUCCUGUGUUUAAAAAUACCUUUAUCGUUUUGCAAUGAAAGAAAAAGAGGUCUCGGCAAUGUUAGGAUUCCCGUUCGAACCUUGUCACAGAAAGUACAAGCUUAUUUAAAAAGCACCUUCGCGCCUUAUCUUUAUGAUAAAAGAGUAAGCGAAAUAAAAUUGUGUGUAAUUUUUACCAAAAUCUGCCUUACAUUCUAUUUUCUUACAGAAGUACCUAGUGUGAUGAUUUGCUGUAGACGAAAAACAGUUCUCACAUGUCUGGGUCUUGCCAUUCAGUACAUCCAUGUUUGUUUAGCAGCGCUCUACUACGUAUCACUGGCAACUGCCCCGAGGGUUGCUUCCGCCACUCGUUCGUACGUUCGUUCGUUAUUCAUAAACAGGCUGUUUCACAAUCUUCUAGUCCAUUUCGCAAAAUAGUCAUUCUUUUGAGUGUGAGAUGUAGUAUAUGUAAAACUGUUGGUAACUUUUGAGCGUUAUGGGAUACUUCCUUCAAGUUUGUUGUCUUUUUGUUUAAUAUGAAUAUAUAUAUAUAUAGAAAUAUAUGAACGAGUCGCUAUGCGACUCUAACUGCUGACUUUGAGGUUGCGUUCUACUUUUUACAGUUGUAUUUGAAGCGAAGACAUUGUACAGACAGAAUGGUGGCAUUACUCAGUUGAUGAAACGGCGGUACUGUUUAAUGCCGCUACCGGUUUGUGUUGUUGGCAGCCCUGCCCGGGGAACUCCGCCCCGCGGCCUCUCAAUAGAGGACGCUGCUAGCUGGGGACCCCCUACAGUGUUCUCAAUUCUGAAAUAGCAUUUUUGAAACGGAACCAUAUUCACAAUACAGUGCUCGCAAUAGUCUGAAGGCAACUAAAACGAAACUCUCGUCUAAAAUAUUUCUGAUCAAGGCAAAAAAAACUCACUCAACAUACACACAGGGCCAACUCGUCCGAUCUAAAGUGCCUUCAAAAUGUUAAUUUUUUUAGAAAAAAAAGAAAAAAACAGGGCCCUAAAUAGACCAUUCUCGCCCCACCAAAACACUGUACUUGGUCUCCAGAGCAACGCCCUCUUUUCUGUAUCAUUUCGAAGGACCCAAAACGCAAAACUCAAGUUAUUAAGAUUGUUAUGCUGAGAAAUCAAGAUAAUUCCGUUUUACUGGUAUUUUACGCAAGUACCGCAUAUUUAAUUUAUUGGUUCUUAUUUAAUAUUGUAUUUACAGAGGUUUCAUAUGUGAUGCAUGUAAGAAACCGUAUAUCCAUGGUAUAGCAUUACUCUAGAAUGUAGGAAUACAUGAUUAUAAUGAUAAUAAUUACUUAAA